AUGUUUUCGGGGGUGAAUGACCAGCGUUUCUCCCUGCGCAUGUUGGAGCCCAACGAGUAUUACUUUGACGACUACUCCGUUGACUUCUACCCGAAAGGCAUGAGCAAUGCAUCUGAUGAUAACUUCGAAGUUGUUCAGGGAACACUCAAAGUUUGUUCUAGAUCAAUUGUUUUUGUGCCCUCGAACGGAUAUGAUCCCCUGAUAAGGGUUAAACAGAGAAACAUCACUGAUAUAAAAAUUUACUCGCCCUCAAACCUUUCACACCUCAAAACUAAGAAAAUAGAAGGUGAGACGUUUACGUUCAGCGCCUCCCUCCACACAACGAUACAGAACUCAAUAUCAGCCUACAAAACCCACCGAGACACUAAACUCUUCUCCUUCAGUCUACUAUACGUGUCAGGGGAGAAAGUGAUUCCCUUCCUCCAACAACUAAACAGAGCAUCACAGCUUCAUCACAUUGAGCAUCAGACCAUGAUAGCCAUGAUCGCACACCACAGACAGUCUCUUUACCCGUUUAAAUCCAUGUUUUUUGAUGAUCUGUAUGAGAGGGAAUGUGGUAAUUUUGUUGUAGAUAUGGUGGAACCGCUGGUUAAUGUUCCUGGACGGAUUGUGGUAUCGGAGACUAAAUUAUAUUUCCAUCCGUUUAACAAUGCAUUCAGUAUUGCAGAUAUUUUGAAGUGGAAGCUGGAGUCUGUGACCCAGGUUAACAAAAGGACGUAUAUACUUCAGGAUGUUGGUCUGGAGAUUUUUGUGAAGGAUACUAAUUCAAUGUCUAAUUAUUUGUUUGUUCUUGACUCUGAAAAGUCGCGAAAUGAGCUUCAUCAGUUUCUGUUAGACCAUUGCAAGAGUAAUUUAGAAGACUCAAGUCCGUCCAAUAUGACGCUAAAAUGGCAGAAUGGUGUCAUCUCUAAUUACGAAUACCUAAUGUAUGUGAACAACAUAGCAGACCGAACUCUUAAUAACCUGUCCCAAUAUCCAGUAUAUCCGUGGAUAUUCACGGACUACACCAGCAACACCAUCGACAUCAACAACCCUGCAAUCUACAGAGAUUUAACGAAACCUAUCGGAGCUCUGACUCCUAAACGUUUGAAGAGCAUUAUGGAUAGGUACCAUGACAUGCCGGACCCUAAGUUCAUGUACGGGUCCCACUACUCGACCCCUGGGUAUGUUACCUAUUAUCUGAUGAGGAGUCAACCGGAUCUUAUGCUUUGUCUGAUGGGAGGGAAGUUCGAUCACCCUGACCGAGUAUUUGCUGGGAUUGCAGAGUCUUGGAACAACGUCUUGAUAAAUACUUCUGAUUUUAAGGAGCUUACGCCACAGUUUUACGAUGGAGAUGGUUCCUUUCUCGAGAACAGGAUGAAGAUAAACUAUGGUAAGAGACAGAAUGGUUCUGUAGUUGGCCAUGUGGAGCUGCCUCCAUGGGCUGCCAACCCAAAAGACUUCAUAACUAAAAUGAGAUCUGGUCUGGAGAGUGAUCACGUGUCAUCUAAUCUGCACCACUGGAUAGACCUUAUAUUCGGGUACAAACAACGUGGUGAUUUUGCAGAGAAAAGUUUCAACGUUUUCCACAACUUGUGUUACCCUGGCUCAGUCGAUCUUAACUCUAUUUUAGAUCCAAACGAGAAAAACUCGGUUGUGACACAAAUUCUAGAAUUCGGUCAGGUACCUCAGCAAGUCUUCACAAAGCCACACCCUGAACGUAAAAUGGCAGCUCCAUACCCCACUCUAACGGUCCUCAACUCGAAUAUCGACUCGGAGGAAAUUUCCGACAACGAGGUCUCAGCUCCACCUAACUCUAACAGACGAUUAUCAGCUGUUGGAACUUCUCUCGACAGAUUCACGUUAUCGGAGAAGAUUCCUGUUAAGGAACACGUGACAUUCUUCGUAGAAUGCAGUGAAACUAAGAGCAUGUACGUAGGAACUGUCUCUGGAAUGUUGUAUACCUACCGACUCCCGGCGAUGAAGUACGCAUACAGUGUAAUCGUCAGUAACGUAUCUCUUAUGUGCGUCAUGGACCUCGGCCACUCCCUCUGUGUCGGAUCUUCGGACGGGAAGUUCUACUUCCUUUCCAAGCAGCAGGGAAACGUUUACCUAGCUUUCCCGGCUCAUUACGAUACUGUUUCUGACAUCACCAUGGACAGGAGCCUCAUUUUCUCCUCUUCGUGGGACUCGUCUGUGAAGGUGUGGGAUGUUGUUAAAGGCCCAGGUGGGAGGGUGAAAACACUGCGGCUCUUCAACGAGAUGGACCACGAGGAUAGAGUUCAUAAUAUCGGUGUUAUAGAGGCUAUCCUGGUGUCCUGUGUGGAGAUGGCACUGAUCGUUGUGUGGGAUUGGGAUACCAUGGAGAUCUUACACAACGUAGACUAUUCACAUCAUGACAUAACACAAGUUUCCAUCUGGAACAGUAAGAUUGUUUUAGUUGGAGUCUCCAUUGUGUACCUUGAUGUUCGAACGUUUACGGAGGAAUUUUCAAAAAUGUUUGAUGCUGCCAUAACUUCACAUCAGAUUAUAAAAGACAGCAACGCUGUUGUCAUUGCAGAAAGCUCUGGGAAAGUUACACUGUUUGACAUGGUGGAAGGUGUAGCGAAGGGAGAGUUUACCACUGAUCAGAGUGACCUCACCAGAGUUCAUUAUCUCAAUGAUGGCUUGUUACUGGUUGGUGAUCAGUCUAAAUAUUUUGCUGUUUACAAAAAUAUAAGUUAAUGUAAAUGUUGCUUGUGUUUGUGUGUUGAUAGUACUAAUCUGUUUGGAUUUGUGAUUUUUAGUUUUCUGGCUGUGGUACAGAAUGUUAUAUUGAUACAAA